GGCGGAGCUUGGAGCUGCUCCAAAAUCAGGAGAGCCGCAAAAUAAGAAAGCCUUUCGCGACGCGGUCGAGCGUCAGAAUACUUAUAAAGAAAACUUAUGACGCGGUCGAGCCACACCCAAUUGCGAGACCAACCUCGCGUGCACAGAGGAAUCACAGGCAAAGCCAUCAUCGACAAGCACAGCGAACUUCUAAUCACUAUAGGAAGAAGAAAAAGAUGGCACCCAUCAGGCUAAACAUUCCGCCGGUGACUCGCAUUCUACUUAUCGGCCUCGUGGUGCAGUCUCUUCUCGGCGCCGCGAUCCGCUACCGGCAAUGGUCUGCAGAGUCGGACAUCGUCAUACCGUACCUGAAUCUGGUCCCUCAGCUUUCGCUCGUAUACCCCUGGACCUUUGUUACGACGACACUCGUUGAAAGCAACCUGAUCACCCUUGCGCUCGCAGGGGUCACAAUAUAUCAUGGAGGUCGCUACCUUGAGCGGGCAUGGUCGUCGCGAGAGUUCGCCAAAUUCUUGCUUGUCUGCUCACUCAUUCCCAACUUUCUCUGCUUCGCCAUCAUGUUCAUAUUCUUUGUGUUGACGCGCAAUGAGCGUUGGACACUCACGACCAUCGGCGGCUCUGUACCUCUGCAGAUCUCCUUCCUCGUUGCCUUUAGUCAGCUGGUACCGGCUCACACAGUGACUCUGUUUCGCGGGAUCCUCUCUCUGCGGGUUCCGCGCUUCCCGCUUCUAUACAUCGGCGUCAUCACGGCGCUCUCGCUUACACCCUUGCUCUCAAGCACGCCAUUCUUCCUCGGAAUUUUCGGCCUCCUGACGAGCUGGACAUAUCUGCGCUUUUACAAGACGGCGUUCCCAGACCUAGACAGCUCCCAGCCAUCUUCUCUCCGCGGCGACGCGAGCGAGACUUUUGCCUUUGCUGAAUUCUUCCCUGCUCCAGCAAAGCCCUUGGUGGCGGCGUUAUCGGAGCAGGUGUUCAAUGUAUUGGUCGCCAUGCGGAUCUGUGUACCCUUUUCACAAGCCGACAUGAUGUCGGCUGCUUCUAGAGGAAAUGGCGGUGGAGACGGAGCAUAUUUACAGCGUGCUGCCCCGGGGACUGCUAGGGCUGAGGCGGAAAGGAGACGAGCGAUUGCCCUCAAGGCACUGGAUCAGCGGCUACAUGCAGCCACGGCCAACGCUGCCUCGAGAGCCGCGCCGGGAGAUAGCGCCGCUGGUCCGUCUGCCCCUGUGCCCCCGCCAGCGCAGACCAGUGGCCCUACAGUGUCAAAUCAGCCACGAGCUAUGGCUCCGGCCGAAAUGACCUCGCACGCGGAAAACAAAGGGGAUGUAGAGAAUACCUAUGCGCCAGAGCGGGAGAUUUCGGGCAAGUCAGAGUUCUGAUCUGACGCCACUCUCUUGUGUGGAUUAUGCACAGUUGUGCAGACAUCCUCCGCAGCACGAGGGCUUGGUUAGGCCCCCGAACUGGUGAGAUAUAGGGUGCGUGGCUUGGGCAGGACCAAUGGGUUUAAUGUAUGAUUUCUUGGCGCAUAAAGGCGCAUGGCUCUCCCCAUGUUGGGCAAUUGUUGGAGAAUGUACGACCACUCUGAAACUAUAAAACAGUAACGACAUGUGCAAAUAAUCUAUCUCUUACCGGUCGAAAUUGUUGAGGCAAGUCGUAUUGGGCCUCUGUCGCCA